AUGUCAACCGGACUCCCAAUCAGGCUUCUUUGCCACGACAAUGGCACCUUCUCCGUUGUUGACCCUGUCACUCACCAUGUGACGAGCUUUGACAUCCUCUCCUACACCUGGGGCAAAGAAGUGGCACCCUACAACUGCGGUCUUGGUGGUGUCACUUGGGACAUCAAGAUCAAUCCUAAAAAAUUGGAAGAUAUCAAGCGGCUAAUGGUAGCAGCUAACAUCAAGUACCUUUGGGCCGACUGCGUGUGCAUAAACCAGACAGAUGAGAAUGAGAAGUCUGCUGAGAUCCCCAAGAUGUUCGAGUACUACAGAAACGCUGAGACAUGUCACCUUCUGAUGGAUAUGGAAGAAGCCUGGAUCCCGCAGGAGAUUAUCGAUGAUCUCAAGUUCCUUGACCACGUCCUGUACCACAUGCAGGGUACUGCUCUCGCCUCCGAAGCCGUCGGCCUGACUGAGAGGGUCAUCAACCUUCUUACCCGUUGGGCCGACACGGACUGGAAGUUUGGCAUAGUCCAAUCGACCGUCAGGUCUGCAGCAAUCGACAUGGGCGUUAUCAACUGCUACUCAACCUGCAUCCAACGUGUCACAUCACUCUUCGAUAAUGACUACUUCACUCGCGUCUGGACGUUCCAAGAGAUGAUCAUUGGCAAGAACAUCACUUUGUGGGGGGUAAACCCCGAGAGUAUCUUCUAUAUCGGCCAACUCCAUACCUGGAUGGACUUGGCAAUCGAGUGCGCUGACAAAGCGGCCAAACUGUACGAUUGGAUUGAGAAGGGCAGAUUUUUCAACACAGCAGGAGUUAACGCCAUACUGAGGGUCAUUGCAGAGGAUAUCUUAUCCCUCGUCAGCCUGCGGACUCAGGUGAAGGGGAUCAACAGUGCAAGGACUGACAUUAUCAAUGGUGGUUCUUACUGGUGGCGAGAGAACUACAAAGGGAUAAGCAACAUAUUUUCUGCCAUCUCCCUCAGGCCACGCAAAUGCAGAGACGCGGCGGACAUAUUCAGAGGUCUCUUGGGCAUCUUUAGCGGACUUUUCACAGAUGACGAGGUGAAGGCGGAGCUUUCAGGAAAGGACAUUACAUCCAUCUCAUUCAAUUUCUUCAAGAAAUUGUCUGCUGAGACCGGAUUGGCGUGGACCAAGCUUGGAGUAGCCAGCAAGGCGAGGGAAAGUGGAUGGAACUGGAUCCCGCUCGUAGAAAGCGAUAAUCAGGUCGUGUCUACUGAUUGCUUCGCCGGAGUCCUCAAUCUCGGGAGGCUGAAGAAGGAAGGCCGAGCGAAAACAACAGCCAUGACAGGUCUCAUUGGAACUCCACGCAAGUUCAUGAAGAUCCGACUAAGCCAAGAAAAAGGAGACUUCCAAUUCAUCUUCAAAGGCUGCAAUUGUGGCAAGAAGAUCAAGACUGGCCGCAUCAGCAGGGAGCUUAUACCAACGUAUGACCAACCCAGAGACGUGGUCAAGGACGAGACGGGUAGGAUCCUGGUACAAUGUGCCACCAUCCUGGGAGCCAUCAUGGACCCUGGAUGUGAUGACCUGGUUGAAUAUCGGAGGAAAUUACUCGAGAAGCUGCAGCCGAUGUGGGAGGUUACGGAUCCUAGUGCAAAGCCCGUGGGUUGGGAAGACCGGUCGGUGAGCGGCACAGCCUGGGAACAUCCCAACGCCAUUGGCUUUCGGGUGCAUAAUUUCUCCAUGAACUACAGGAUGGUCUCAAUGAAAAGGUGCGGUUCGCGCCUUGCAAACGGGAGCACAGCAAGCAUCACCUGCCACGUCAGCGUCAACUGCGGAUGUACUAUCGUCGCCCCGUUUGCACUCAUAUUCGAGGCUAUAACUGCGGUCCAGGGAAGCUCCCUCGGUGAUACGGCUGCAGAGGCAGACCAUGACGACAGGAUAGUCCUGCAAGAUGGGCUGGGAUUAGUGCAGAUUGGCGACGUCGGGAAGGCCUUCGACGUGGUAGCAUUCUCGGGUGAUAUACAGGCCCACAAGUUAUAUGCUGCUAGUUGCAGGAAGAACAAGGAGAACAAGGCGAUUGUUCAUGAAGUGCCACCUCCUAGUGGUAGGGCGCUCGUGCGGGAGGACUUUACCCAUGCGGCUAUGGACGUAAUGAAGGACUAUGGCUAUGUGCAUACUGGGGGAUCUGGAAAUUUGCUCUUGUCCAGGAAACAUCGAUUGGACUCUUACAAAGUCGUUGGUGUCUGCAUUGAUGAGUAUAUUCCAUAUAAGAAUGAGGAGCAGUCAGUCACUAUUGGAUAG